UUUUAUUAAAAACAUAAUAUAAUUUGACAAUAUUUUGUUUCCUGUUUUAAAAGAUAUUGAAUUUGAAAUAAUGAAAUCUUAUUGGUUGGUGAACGUAGAGGAUACUCUUCGUUUUAUACCAAUAAUUCAGUAGGUCAGGUCUCAACUUGCGUCCACCGAGUCCAAACAACAUUUUUUAUCUUAAGAGAUUUUUCGUCACCACUAACGUCACAAAUUGCGUUGUUCAAUGUACUUAGUGAGGUUGCUUUCUUUUUCCUCUUUUUUAAUAGUAUAGUUUUUAUCACUUAGAUCUAUCUCAGUAUAAUCUCUAUAAAUCUAAACAUGUGUUAUGUCUUUCAUUAACUACAAACACACAAACAUAAAGAAAAUGAGUAACGAUAAUGAUUCAUCGAAGUCACUCACCGGACCACACUUUCUUUUUGUGACAUAUCCAGCCCAAGGCCACAUCAACCCAUCUCUCGAGCUAGCCAAACGCCUUGCCGGAACCUUCAUCGGAGCUAGAGUCACCUUCGCAGCCCCAGUCGCCGCCUACAACCGUCGUAUGCUCUCCAAAGAAAACGUCCUCCAAAACCUUACCUUCGCCACUUACUCCGAUGGCCAUGACGACGGCUUCAGACCCUCUACUUCCUCCGACAAAUCUCGCCAACAGAGCUCCCGACAGUACCUGUCCGAAAUGAGACGACGUGGGAGGGAAACGCUAACCGAACUAAUCGAAGAUAACCGGCGUCAAAACCGGCCUUUUACCUGCGUGGUUUACACCAUCCUCCUCACUUGGGUCGCUGAGCUGGCGCGUGAGUUUCAGAUCCCUUCUGCUCUUCUCUGGGUCCAGCCCGUGACCGUCUUCUCCAUCUUCUACCACUACUUCAACGGCUACGCCGAUGCAAUCUCGGAGAUGGCUGAUAACAACCCUUCUGGUAUUAUUAAGCUUCCCUCUCUGCCACUGCUCCGUCUCCGUGAUCUUCCCUCCUUCAUCGUCCCUACAAACGCAUAUGCGUUUGUUCUACCGGCGUUUCGAGAACAGAUAGAGUCACUGAAGCAAGAGGAAACCCCUAAGAUCCUCGUUAACAGUUUCCAAGAGCUUGAACAAGAAGCUCUAACCUCGGUUCUUGAUAACUUCAAGAUUGUCCCCAUCGGUCCGUUGAUUACCUCGAGGACCGACUCCGAGACUGACGCUGAGUACGUCGAGUGGUUGGAUACAAAAUCAGAUUCGUCUGUGCUUUAUAUCUCGUUUGGGACGCUUGCCGUGUUGAGCAAGAAACAGCUUGUGGAGCUCUGCAAGGCGUUGAUAGAGAGUCGGAGGCCGUUUCUGUGGGUGAUUACGGAUAAGUCGUACAGAAGAAGUAAAGAAGAUGUGGAAGAGAAAGAAGAAGAGAUCAUAAGCAGUUUCAGAGAAGAGCUCGAGGAGAUAGGAGUCGUGGUUUCUUGGUGCGAUCAGUUCAGGGUUUUGAAGCACAGGUCGAUCGGUUGUUAUGUGACGCAUUGCGGGUGGAACUCGUCGCUGGAGAGUUUGGUCGCGGGAGUUCCAGUGGUUGCGUUUCCGCAGUGGACUGAUCAGAUGACGAACGCGAAGCUUCUGGAAGAUUGUUGGAGGACAGGUGUGAGGGUGAUGGAGAAGAAGGAUGAGGAGGAAGUUUUGGUGGAGAGUGGGGAGAUACGGCGGUGCAUUGAGGAAGUGAUGGAGGAGAAGGCGGAGGAGUUUAGAAGAAACGCGGCCAGGUGGAGAGAUCUAGCGGCGGAGACGGUGAGAGAAGGAGGAUCUUCGUUUAAUCAUCUCAAAGCUUUUGUCGAUGAGCACAUGUGAGAUUCGGUCUAGAAGAAUUCAGUUCCACAGCUUCUUUUCUAAGAGUAUUAUUUUAAUUUCCAAAUUUAUUUGAAGUCUGUUAUUUAACUGUUAAAAAGUUAUUACAGCUGUUUUUUGUGAUUAAGAGAUUCCCAGUCAGUAGGUCCAUACAUUUUCUUAAAGAGUGGGCACAAGAACUAAUUUAGUUACACCACUUAUUGUCCUUGCUGAGUUCAUCAAUGUAUGAUAUCUCUCAGUCAUUUCUAUUUGUUUGUAAUCAUUUAAUAAACGUCUUUUUUUUUGUGCAA